GAUGAUGUGAUUUCUUCUGUGGUUGAAGGUAAAGUAGUUGCUGUUUGUACUGGAGUUGUGAUUGGUUCUGUGGUUGAAGGUGAAGUAGUUGUUUGUACUGGAGUUUUUGUGAUUGGUUCUGUGGUUGAAGGUGAAGUAGAUGUUUCUACUAUAGUUGUUGUGAUUGGCAUUGUGGUUGGAGACACAGUGGUUGUUUGUACUGGGGAUGAUGUUGUGAUUUCUUCUGUGGUUGAAGGUAAAAUAGUUGCUGUUUGUACUGGACUUGUUGUGAUUGGUUCUAUGGUGGAAGCGGAAUCAGUUGUUGUUUCUACUGUAGUUCUGAUUGCCAUUGUGGUUGGAGGCACAGUGGUUGAUUGUACUGGGGAUGAUGUUGUGAUUGGUUCUGUGGUUGAAGGUGAAGUAGUUGUUUGUACUGGAGUUUUUGUGAUUGGUUCUGUGGUUGAAGGUGAAGUAGAUGUUUCUACUAUAGUUGUUGUGAUUGGUAUUGUGGUUGGAGACACAGUGGUUGUUUGUACUGGGGAUGAUGUUGUGAUUUCUUCUGUGGUUGAAGGUAAAAUAGUUGCUGUUUGUACUGGACUUGUUGUGAUUGGUUCUAUGGUGGAAGCUGAAUCAGUUGUUGUUUCUACUGUAGUUCUGAUUGCCAUUGUGGUUGGAGGCACAGUGGUUGAUUGUACUGGGGAUGAUGUUGUGAGUUCUGUGGUUGAAGGUAAAGUAGUUGCUGUUUCUACUGGAGUUGUUGUGAUUGGUUCUAUGGUGGAAGGUGAAUCAGUUGUCAUUUCUACUGUAGUUCUCAUUGCCAUUGUGGUUGGAGGCACAGUGGUUGAUUGUAAUGGGGAUGAUGUUGUGAUUGGUUCUGUGGUUGAAGGUGAAGUAGAUGUUUCUACUAUAGUUGUUGUGAUUGGCAUUGUGGUUGGAGGCACAGUGGUUGUUUGUACUGGGGAUGAUGUUGUGAUUUCUUCUGUGGUUGAAGGUAAAAUAGUUGCUGUUUGUACUGGACUUGUUGUGAUUGGUUCUAUGGUGGAAGCUGAAUCAGUUGUUGUUUCUACUAUAGUUCUGAUUGGCAUUGUGGUUGGAGGCACAGUGCUUGUUUGUACUGGGGAUGAUGUUGUGAGUUCUGUGGUUGAAGGUAAAGUAGUUGCUGUUUCUACUGGAGUUGUUGUGAUUGGUUCUAUGGUGGAAGGUGAAUCAGUUGUCAUUUCUACUGUAGUUCUCAUUGCCAUUGUGGUUGGAGGCACAGUGGUUGAUUGUAAUGGGGAUGAUGUUGUGAUUGGUUCUGUGGUUGAAGUUCUGAUUGCCAUUGUGGUUGGAGGCACAGUGGUUGUUUGUACUGGGGAUGAUGUUGUGAAGUAG